AUGUCUAAUUAUCCCCCGACGCCGUCCUUUGUGGGACCGAAUUAUAAUCCCCAGUGGCCCCCUUCCAACCCAUCUCAGUCCACUGCUGUACCUUCCUUAAUGCCACCUCAUUUCCCCUUCAACCAGAAUCCGUCUCCUAUUCCCCACCCUCCCCAAGACGGUGCGAAUCGCUCGUUUGACUAUACCUUCGAAGCCUAUAAUGCAAAUUCUCAACUUCCGGGAUUAGGGGGUCCGGGCGCAGCUGGACCUAUACCGCCACCGCCAUUCCCCUUCAUGGCUCCUUUCGCCGCGGCGCAGUUUCCCCCUCCUUUCCCCCUCCAGAUGCCACCGCUAAGAUACCCGUCGAUCCCAAUACCUUCCUCCGCUCCAGUCUUCGAGCCCUCCCCUCAUCCCAUGACCGACUUCCAGCCCCAGCGCGACCACUCUGACCCGACCCGCGCAAGACCUCAGCUGCCAGUCGCUCCUGCCUCGGAUCCCGAUCCUGACCGGGAAGAGGGUGAACUCACCGACCUAGAUGUCCCUCUACCGACACGUUCAAAACAAAGUGAUCCGAGAUCAGCGCGGCAAUCAGUGCACGCUCUUCAUCCUCCCAAGCGCCUGCCACAGAACCGAGACGGCGGUUCCUCCGGAGUUGGCUCAACGAUGAAAAUAAGUUCAGAUGCAGGUCAUGGCUCAAACGGCUCUGCCGUGUCAGAAGGCUCGGGGCGAGAUGGUUCGGAUGUCGAGAAGGGCGAGGCUUCGUCAGAAGCUCACCUGUCCUCGAGAAGCAGCGGAUCCCCGUAUAACCCUGCGCUUCCUAUUCUUGGUGCACCGCCUAUGCCGAUCGAGACAACCACUUCCGAAGCUCCAGCUUCAUUAAGACCGCAACAUGAAACUGUUUCUGAGAAGGAAGCUAACAACGCCAUGUCAAGUGACUCGCAAUCGCUUGUUAACGGUGGAAGGUCACCGGCGCAGCUUCGCGUUCAAGCACAAGGAGCACUCUUGAGCUUAGCGCCUCACAAUAUUCGAUAUGGAGAGCUUGUUGGAGAAGGUAUCAACCCGGAUGUACUUCGACAGCUUUAUGAAGAAGUGGGGAUCAAGAUUGCCACUCCGCGACCUGACGCUGCGUUGGAUUCCGUCCCUGAAGACACUCUGUCUGCCUCCGAGCGUCCAGCGAUUGAUCACCCUUCAGACCUCGAGCACGGGCGAGAAUCAACUGAUGUCUUGGGUACAGAGAUAACCUUAGCGCAGCAUCCUUCCCCUGUUACUGCUGCCGCAGUAGCUACACCUUCUCCACCAUCAGGCACAAAGCCUAUGGAACGAAAAGAGGUGAUCGCACGUAUGCUUGCUGCAAAGGCUGCAAAGAGGUCCGGGGAGCCCGUCCCACCACAACCAGAAUCGACGAAGGAAACUCACUUGCCUGUCAAUCUGGAACAGCCAGAUGCCGACAAGGCGGCGACAGCUUCUUCCACACAACAGCUAGCAAAAGAGAAGGAUGUCCGGGUAAAAGAAAAGAACAAGGCACAGACUGAGUUGGCUAGACAGCGCAUCGAACAGCUCAAGAAGCAAGGUCUGAUGAGGAAUGGGCUGAAACCGCAGGCCGAGUCCAUGCCCUCGGACCAAAGUCAAGCAUCCAGUAACUCCGGUCAGGAUAUGCUUCCAGCCCCCACUCCGGCGCCAAUCCAACACCCAUUGCCUGAACGCCCCCCCGAUCCGGAGUCCAAUGCUCAUGCUCGCAUACCUGGCCUCUUCAUGACGGACCAAGAACCCAGUGCUGUAUAUACAGCUACCCCAGCGACCGAAGCAUCUGCCGAUGCGACACCACAGCCUCGCAUUAACCAACGCAAACGGCCCCGGGCGUCUGAUUUUGAUGAGCCUGUGCCUAUUCCCAAGAAGACCUUCAACAACACCGUGAACCAUGUUGUUCCGGAGGCGCAGAGACUAGUCAUCGAUAUCAGCGAUGACGAGUUCUACGGCGAUGACGAAAACGAUAGCAUGGACAUUGACACUCCUGCAGGGAAGGAUCUGCAAGAUGCGGAAAGCUUCCUGGGAGCGUUUCCACCGGCCGACCUUUUAACUCGUCCAAAAACGGCAUCGAGUCAAGGGUUUUCUACUACCUCGGUUACACCACAGGGCUCAAGGAAUAACGAUCAGGAACACCAGGAGCAUCUUCGGAAAAAGGACUUGGAAAUCAAAGCUAUGCACAGGCGCAUAGCCGAGCUUGAAGAACGCAAGAAGGCAAAGCUAGCAGCGAGCCGUGCUCAGUCUCCUCGUGCCACUGAUUCGCGGGGACCCUCGCUUCUUACGAACCCUGUCACUGCCGAUGAUGUCAGCGAUGUAUCAAGAGCAUCCCUAGAUGCUGAACUGGGAGGAAUGUCUACUCCAGCCCUGGAUAUCAGGCUGUCUACUUCCGCUGAUAUUACCCAUAUCGAGAGGAUGAAGCUCAAGUUGUUACGCAGGCAAGAGAUUGAGGCUGGCCUUCCUGCAUUGGAGGCGGAGAUACAAAGGUCUGAAGCAAAACUUGCCGAAGUCAAUGACGAAGAAGACAAACUGUCGUUGGAGAUCACGAAAGGAAAAGAGGGCCGGAGGCAGCUUCUGGACGAACUGAGAACUCUCAAUCUAGAACUGAAUGGGUUGACUUUUGAAGACGUUGAUACAGCACUGCUUCGCUUGCAGACCAGGGAACAACUCAACACGCAGGAAGUGGACCGACAAAUUACAGACGAGAAUGAGAUGCUACCUGAAACGUUCAAGUCCAGAACGCCUCUAGAGGAAUCAGGUGUCGUUCAAGAAUCAUCUCUACCUCAAGCACCUCAAGCACCUCAAUCCAGUUCUGCCAGAGGGUUGAGCACCAUAUCCGUUGACAAAAUGAUGGAUCACAUCAGCGACUCUCCUCACGAUCCGUCUACUGAUUCUGACUCUACUGGUUCUGCAAUGGACGAGUCUAGCGACAGUUCCAGCGAUGACUCUGAUGAUCAACAUGGCAUGCAAGCCCGGACACCCGUUCCGGAGACGGGCGAAGUAUGGAGCCCCAAGGCACCUACUGAGGAUGAGCAGCCGCAUGUCGAUGAGUUGGGUGCAGCCAAUAUCCACCAUCCCAUCCCCGAAGACUCGCAAUCUGCGAGCUGUGAGCCCCAGGUUGGCAUGAUCUUUGACGAACAGGCGACUCGAAGUUUGGAACGAUCAUCCCGAGAAUCAUCAGUAUCAGAUGCAUAUGAGCCUCCAGAGCCGGAAGUCACUGCCAGCCCAGCAGAUUCAACUUACUCUCCCCCCUUCAGCCCUGCCUCUCCUGGUCCCAUCGAACCCACCGAGGUGUCAAGCCUUUCGGUCGACGAGACGAAGCAGGCCGAACAGCCACUAACAGGAGUCGUCCAGGAAUUGGAAAUUGAGCAGCCAAUUGCUUCUACACAGGUUGGCGUUCUGGAUGUGCGAUGCACCGCGAAUCGACCACGGGCUGGAUGCUAA